CGGUUCGUGUCGUUUUCAUUUACGACAAUAGCAGCCAUGUGGCUCAAAAGGAGGUGAAAGAAAGUUGCAAGCAUAUUUCAUCAUUUAAUUGCAUAUAUAGUCAUGAAUGAAAUAUUUUUGUAACCUAGAACAUAGGUCUAUACAACUAUUAUGGCUGUCUUGGAGAGAAAAAGUACAGCAAAGCUGACAGAAUUGUUACAGAUUGAACAGAAGGUUCAAAAGAAAUGGGAGGAGGAGAAAAUAUUUGAAGAAGAUGCACCACUUCCAGGAUCUAAACAAGCCUCCCAACCAAAAUAUAUUGUCACUUUUCCAUACCCCUAUAUGAAUGGAAGACUUCACUUGGGUCAUACCUUUUCUCUAUCAAAAGCAGAGUUUGGGGUUGGAUUUCAAAGACUUCAAGGCAAAAAAUGUUUGUUUCCCUUUGGUCUCCAUUGCUCUGGAAUGCCAAUAAAGGCCAGUGCGGACAAACUGACUCGGGAGAUGGCAGAUUAUGGGUAUCCCCCGGAGUUCCCACCAGAGAAAGAAGAGGGGGAACCAGAAGAAGAGAAGGAGGUCACAAUUAAAGACAAGUCCAAGGGCAAAAAAAGUAAACUAAAGGCAAAAACUGGGGGAAUGAAGUACCAGUGGCAGAUUAUGAAGUCUCUCGGUCUGAAAGAUGAAGAAAUUAAAGAUUUCGCCGACCCAGCUCACUGGCUCAAGUACUUUCCUCCCCAUUGUAAGGAAGAUCUCAGAAAGAUGGGAAUCAAGGUGGACUGGAGGAGAAGCUUCCUAACCACUGAUGCUAACCCUUAUUAUGACUCCUUCGUCAGAUGGCAGUUCCUAAGGCUUAAAGAGAGGAACAAGAUCAAGUUUGGUAAAAGACACACCAUCUUCUCCCCAAAGGAUGGGCAACCCUGUAUGGACCACGACAGACAGAGUGGAGAGGGAGUUGGUCCACAGGAAUACACUCUGAUUAAACUGAAAGUAAAUGAACCGUACCCUCCAAAACUCAGCAAAUUAAAAGGAAGUAACAUUUUCUUAGUGGCUGCCACCCUAAGACCAGAAACCAUGUUUGGGCAGACCAAUGUUUGGAUCAGACCUGACAUGAAAUAUGUGGCUCACCGUCUGGCUAGUGGGGAAAUCUUCGUGUCCACCAUGAGGGCUGCCAGAAACAUGUGUUAUCAGGGUUUCUGUAAGGUGGAGGGGAAAGUGGAUGUGGUGGCAGAUUUGAUUGGUCAGGACAUAAUGGGGAUAGCUCUGUCAGGACCACUCACUUCCUACAAGACGAUCUACACCCUCCCAAUGCUGACCAUCAAAGCAGACAAAGGAACGGGUGUUGUAACUAGUGUACCAUCAGAUGCUCCAGACGAUUUUGCUGCCCUGAGGGAUUUGAAAAACAAACAGCCAUUUAGAGAAAAGUAUGGCAUUAAGUCGGAGAUGGUGCUACCAUAUGAACCAGUGCCAAUUAUUGAUGUACCAGACUACGGCACCUUAUCUGCUGUCACUGUGUGUGAGAGACUGAAGAUCCAGAGUCAGAAUGACAGGGACAAGCUACAGGAGGCAAAGGAACAAGUCUACCUCAAAGGCUUCUAUGAAGGGGUGAUGAUUGUGAAAGGGUUUGAAGGACAAAAAGUUCAGGAUGUGAAGAAACCCAUUCAACAGAAAAUGAUUGAUGCUGGUGAAGCUGUGAAAUACAUGGAACCUGAGAAAACUGUGAUAUCUCGCUCCAAUGACGAAUGUGUUGUGGCCCUUUGUGAUCAGUGGUACUUGGAAUAUGGAGAAGAGAAAUGGAAACAGUUGGCUACCAAGGCUUUGAGUCAAGUGGAGACGUACUCUGAUGAUGUUCGCAAAAAUUUCCUGGCCACUUUGGACUGGCUGCAUGAGCAUGCCUGCUCCAGAUCUUAUGGAUUGGGCUCCAGAAUCCCAUGGGACCCCCAGUAUCUGGUUGAGUCCCUGUCUGACUCAACCAUCUACAUGGCCUACUACACAGUGGCACACUUUCUACAGGGAGGGGUGUUUGAUGGCAGUGGGAAAAGCCCUGCCAACAUCAAACCAGAACAGAUGACCCCAGAAGUUUGGGACUAUGUCUUUUUUAAGGACACUCCUUACAAAAACCUUCCCGUCCCCAAAGCCACCCUUGACAAACUUCGGGCAGAGUUUGAAUACUGGUACCCAGUGGAUCUGAGAGUGUCUGGUAAAGACCUUGUGCCAAACCAUCUUACCUACUACAUCUACAACCAUGUGGCCAUCUGGCCAAAUGACAGUUCAAAAUGGCCAAAGAGUAUAAGAGCUAAUGGCCAUUUACUGCUAAAUUCUGAAAAGAUGUCAAAACAAACUGGAAAUUUUCUGACUCUCACAGAUGCUGUAAAUAAAUUUUCAGCAGAUGGCAUGAGACUGGCCUUGUCAGAUGCUGGUGAUACAGUUGAAGAUUCCAAUUUUGUAACAAAGAUGGCUGACGCUGGGCUGUUGAGGUUGUACACAUACCUGGAAUGGGUGAAGGAAAUGAUCGCAACCAAAGACAGUCUACGCACAGGUCCUACAAAUACCACCAGUGACCAGAUAUUUAUCAGUGAAAUAAACAAGGCAAUACUAGAAACGCAGCACUUUUAUGAGAAAAUGCUGUUUAAGGAAGCCAUGCGAACAGGGUUUUAUGAAUUCCAGGCUUUUCGAGACAAGUACAGAGAGUAUGAACUAGAGGGAAUGCACAAGGAGCUGAUCUUCCGCUUUAUUGAGGUACAGACUCUGAUGCUGAGCCCUAUCUGCCCUCACGUCUGUGAGUACAUUUGGGAACUCUUGGGAAAGCCCCGAAGUAUCAUGCAUGAGAAAUGGCCCGUGGCAGGCCCUGUGGACGAAAAAUUGAUUCAGAUCUCACAGUAUGUGACUGAUGCAGCUCACGACUUCCGAAUUCGCCUGAAACAGCUGCUGACUCCAGCAAAAGGGAAGAAGGUGAAACUGGAUAAUGCCACGCAUGGGACAAUAUGGAUAGCCAAGACUUACCCUCCCUGGCAGAAUACGGUUCUGUCCACAUUAAAGACUCUUCAUGAGCAAAACAAAGGCUUCCCGGACAUGAAGGUUAUAGCAAACGCCUUCAAGGACAAGCCAGAGUUGAAGAAGUACAUGAAGAAACUGAUGCCUUUUGUGCAAGUAGCAAAGGAAAAUGUAGAAAAGAAUGGCAUCAAAGCUUUGAACCUGACCUCUGAGUUUGAUGAAGUGGAAGUCAUGAACAAAUUCAAGAAGUACAUGAUUAACACUCUCGAUCUGGAGGGAAUAGACAUCAAAUAUUCAGAUGAAGCUGACGACAAAGUAAAAGAGGACUGUUGUCCAGGGAAACCAUUCACUACAUUUAGAGAAGAGCCCUCUGUGGCUGUCAAGCUUGUCAAUCCUCAGCCAAUGAGUGGACUGUUUGAAAUCAAGCUCCCUAUCUAUGAGGGGGACGACAAGACGAAAGUUCUCACAAGGAUCAUGAAAACUGACCGCUCAAAAAUGAAAGAUAUCUGUCAAAUAAAACUACUCAUGUACGAGGACCCUAUCAAGGGACCCAGGACAAUUCCAGAUAUGAAUGACAUUGAAAAGGGCAAGGUUGUGGUCCCCGACAAUGCCACCUUUCAGAUCAAUGUCCCAAAAGAAACGGUGACAAUACAGAGCAAUGGAAAGAAGCUGGACCCCGGACUAACUCUGGUGUACAUUGUCAACUCUUAACGCAGACAGAUUGUAGUGAUGUGGCAAAUACAUAAGGAUGCUUUUGUGUCUUGAUACCAUGAACAUUGAUUUGUGGAGGAAGUGAUUUUAAGCUGGUUACGAUUGUUGGGGAUUAUUUGUCGAGUGUCGGAUGUCCUGCUCCACAGCUUUGUGAUAUUACCAGCACAGAGUUAUUUAUUGACAUGAAUAUAGAAUGUACUAAUAAAAAUAAGUUAAUUCUUGGUGGAAAUGCACCAUGCGUUUAGUAUUAAGUCUAUCUUUUUAAGCAUAUGCAUUGUAUAUUUGAGAAAUUUCUCAGAUGGUAAAGAUUGCAAAAUAUAAUCGAAUACUUGGGACAUAGGUUGAUAGUGUACUCUCGGUGAGUAGCACAUUGUCCCUACAAUGAUUGGCAUAUCGGUCUUGUCAUUGUUAGUAUGGGCUUUACGCUUUCUAUUCAUAGCUACAAAUUUAAAGUGUCAAGGGUUGUUUGGUCUUUGCAUUUUACAAGGCAAGAUUCAUAAACAUUGAACUUGUCUAUUAUUGUUAAAUACAUUGUACUGACCUCAUACUUGCCGUAACUUUAUUUGGUAUCUUAUAUUUGUUUUCUUUUCUUAUAAUGCAAUUUUAAAUUAAUUCAAAUAAAGAACACAAUUUAUCAGUAUACAUAUUA